AACCCUCAACGAAAAUUCGUUUUCCAUAUUUCUUUUUCUGAUCUCGGUUUCAAGUCAACUGUUGGGCUAUCGAUUCUCUGGGAGGAUGACAAAAAUGGAUGGAAUAAGGAAAUACCCUUUUCUGUGGUCUGAGUAACAGCUAUCAUAAAUGCCACUUUACUGGAAGUGGGGAUCCUUCUAGCUAGGGUUUCUGGAAUAUUUGCCACUUCUUUCUACCACUCCCUACACUUUCUCUUCUCUUCUUUAACUUUAACCUCAAAAUAUUUGCUUUAGAAAGAACACAAAUUAAAGGGAAAUUCUUCUUGAAGACGUCUCUUGCUAAUUUUUGGAGAUGGUGAGGGGAAAGGUUCAAUUGAAGAAGAUUGAGGAUACAACAAGCCGUCAAGUGACGUUUUCAAAGCGUCGAAGUGGUCUUCUAAAGAAAGCUUACGAGUUAUCCGUUCUUUGUGAUGCAGAAGUGGCUGUGAUAGUCUUCUCACAGAACGGAAGGCUCUAUGAGUUCUCAAGUUCUGACAUGACAAAGAUUUUGGAACGAUACCGUGAACAUACCAAAGAUGUUCCUGCCAGUAAGUUUGGAGACGAUUAUAUCCAGCAACUGAAGUUAGACUCCGCAAGCUUGGCAAAGAAGAUUGAGCUUCUAGAACAUUCUAAAAGGGAGCUUCUGGGACAAAGCGUGAGUUCUUGUUCUUAUGAUGAACUCAAAGGAAUUGAGGAGCAGCUGCAGAUAAGUUUGCAAAGAGUCAGGCAGAGAAAAACUCAACUAUAUACGGAACAGAUUGAUCAACUACGAUCCCAGGAGAGUAACUUGCUCAAAGAGAAUGCCAAAUUAAGUGCAAUGUGGCAGAGGGCAGAAAAGUCAUCCCAGCAGCAAUGGCCUAGACACACACAAGCAGAAGCAGAACCCCACUGUUCAAGUAGCCAGAGUUUAGAUGUGGAUACAGAACUAUUUAUUGGAUUGCCAAAGCAGCAGUGCUGAUUAUAUGUGUAUAUUAAUCUACUAAUCAUUUUGCAAUAUGACAAAUCUCAAUGUUGUCUCACAAAAUAUAUCCUUUCCUUAGUGUAAAAUCUCAUAAAUCUGUAUCCUUCUCUA